AUGCGGCCAAAAAGUCUUUCAGAACUUACAAUUUGGGAAGUUCUGUCCUCUUGGGGAAUUGCAAGAUGGCAAGGACAUCAUGAGCAUGGCCAUGCCCAUGAUCAUACGCAUGACUCAGGUGUUUCCUCUGUCAGUAUAGUUUGUGAAGGGAACCUUGAUCUUGAUAAGGCUAACAUGUGGUUGGGGACAUUAUUGAUGGAGCGUAGUGAUGACAUAUACCGUAUGAAAGGUCUCCUUUCUGUUAGUGGCAUGAAUGAGAGAUUCGUCUUUCAGGGUGUACAUGAUAUAUUCCAGGGUUCCCCUGAGAGGUUAUGGGGACCAGACGAGAAGAGGAUCAAUAAAAUUGUAUUCAUAGGCAAAAAUCUGGAUGCCAAGGCUUUAGAGAAGGGAUUCAAGGAAUGCUUACUGUGAAUUAUAUUGAGGAAAAGUUUAGUGUGUCACAAUUUGUAACAUUUAAAGCACUCGAGGCAUGAUUGUUCUCUGCAUUAUUAGUGGAUUGGGCUGCGUCUGGAUAUAUUAAUAUGGAAAGAAGGAAAUAUAUACCCAAGGUAUAACA